AACACGACCCGUCCCUCUCCUUCCCCCACUCCCCUCCUCACCGGCCGGCACACACCCCCUGAUCCCUUCCAACCACCCAGCAGACAUAGACGAGCGGCGGCCGGAGCAGGCUAGCUAGCUAGUGGACAUGACGCGGCGGGGGCGGGUGGAGCUGCGGCGGAUCGAGGACCGGACGAGCCGCCAGGUGCGCUUCUCCAAGCGCCGCUCGGGGCUCUUCAAGAAGGCCUUCGAGCUCUCCCUUCUCUGCGACGCCGAGGUCGCGCUGCUCGUCUUCUCCCCCGCCGGCAAGCUCUACGAGUACGCCUCCACCAGCAUAGAAGGCACAUAUGACCGGUAUCAGAGUUUUGAGGGAGCCCGGACGAACCUGAAUGAAGGCAAUGCAAGUGGCAACAAUGAUGGAGAUCCUUCAGAUAUACAGUCAAGGCUUAGAGAUAUUGCUUCCUGGUCUCUUCAAAAUAAUGCUGAUGAGUCGGAUGCAAGUAAGCUAGAGGAACUGGAGAAACUCCUGACACAAGCAUUGAGGAACACAAAAUCCAAGAAGAUGUUAGCGCAACAAAGUGGGGGCGCAAGCACAAGUGGGAGCGGAGAGAACUCGACUGAGACUGGGGGACAGGAGGAGGGGAGGGCUUGAACAGUCAUGUGCUGUGCAUGCAUUUGGUACAAGGCAAGAUCUCUGUUGCUGAUGACACACUCCAAUCCCCCAAAUUAUUGGGUGUGACAGGGUUGUCAAAGCUGCUGCUUGUAAGGAGUAAGGCGUAAAGCAGGAGUGGAAAAUUCAAUAAAAGAGUGGUUGGUUAAUACUACUAAACAGCGUGUGCGUGCGCGUGCGUGAGAGAGAGAUCUGGUUGCAUGACAUGUUGUUUUACCUUGUGCCUUCCUAAGGGGCUGUGUGUAACGUUCAUGUGAACCUACCAAAUCUAGAGCCAGUGUUCACUCCUGUCGUAUGCGACUGAAUGGAAAUCAGUUUAUGUGGA